AUGGUGACCAACAACGAUACGAAUAGUAAUAUUUCUGAUCAAAUUGAAAAGGAUAUGUGUAUAGUGUUCAGAAUCGUUGGAGUAUGUUUGGGCAUUCCAAAACAGACCUUUAAGUGGAACUAUCGCUCAAAUUCUAAUGAAUCUAUAUUUUAUGAUAAAAUUACGCCGCUUGAGUUCUACAACAUAAUGGUCAAGCCGAUUUUUCAUCUCGAAGACAAAGUCUCUUUGAUAUCUGACCCAAGAGCUGGUAAUGAAUUCGGUCGAUUAUACACGGUGGAUUGGGUUGGGAACGUUAUAGAAGGCUCUAAAAUCGCGUGUAACAAUCAACCUAUUGAAGUACUGUUAGAAGCGUGCAAGCAAUCGAUCGCCAUACUUGAUGAGCCGGUUUGGUACAGUUGUGCAGUGGAGCAAAGAUUUUCAAACGAACUUGGGUUCGAAGACUUAAAAAUACAUAACAUAGAAUCAAUAUUUGGUACCGAUACAUCAAUUCCAAUGACCAAAAGUGAACGAAUUUUAUACCACGAUUCAUAUCCAAUGCACGCAAUGGUAUUGACUGGAUUCCACGAAGAAAACAAUGAAGUUACACGGUGGUGUGUUGAAAAUUCUUGGGGUAAACAUAGCAAUAUGAACACGAAUGGAUAUUUAGUGAUGACCACUGAAUGGUUUAAAGAAUAUGUUUUUGAAGUUAUUGUUGACAAGAAAUUACUGCCAAAAAAUGUUUUAGAUGUAUUUAAUCAAGAGCCAAUAAUAUUACCAGUUUGGGAUAUACUUGGAUCUCAUUUAUUAGUGAACUAA